CUCAAAUAAUCAAAAAAAAUCUUGAUCUUUGAAGAAUUAAAAUAAUAAUAUGAUGAUAUUAAAUCGCAAGCACGGAUCUUCAUUCCUUUUUUACCAAGAAAAGUGGUGGACCAUUCCCAAUAUUCUUUUUUCUUUUUUUAACAUCGUAAAGAUAUAUACUUCAUAUUUGCUCAAAGAAAACGUUUAUAUUAAACCCUUCUCUGUCUCGGGUUUUCUUUGGAUUCCAUACAUUACAUUACUUAUACACAAAAUAAUUAGUUGUUAUUCUAACUUGUAUAGAAAAAAAAUGGGUAACUGCGUAUUCAAAGGCAAUGGUGGUUUAAGUAAAUUAUACGAUAAAGAUAAUUCAUUGAUAAAAGUUGUGACCCCAAACGGUGGCGUGAUGGAGCUUCAUCCUCCCAUCUUCGCCGAAUUCAUCACCAACGAAUUUCCCGGCCACGUCAUCCACGACUCUUUAAGCCUCCGUCACUCAUCUCCACCGCUUCUCCACGGCGAAGAACUCUUACCUGGUAACAUCUACUACCUCCUCCCUCUUUCUUGCGCCGCCUCAACCGCUCAACAACAUUCCUCCGACCAGUUAUCAACGCCGUACAGAAUGUCUUUCGGGAAAACGCCGGUAAUGGCGGCUUUGAGUGGUGGCGCCGGAGGGGGUGGAGUAUGGAAGGUGAGACUUGUGAUAAGUCCGGAGCAGCUGGCGGAAAUUCUUGCGGAGGAUGUGGAAACGGAAGCGUUGGUGGAAAGUGUGAGGACGGUGGCGAAGUGCGGCGGUUACGGCUGCGGCGGAGGAGUUCAUUCGAGAGCGAAUUCAGACCAGCUAAGCGUUACGAGUAGCUUUAAAGGGAAAUUGAGGUGAAAUUUCGAAUUAUCUAAACUACGUUUAUGUAAUUUUUGGUUGUUAAUUAUAUAUGUUUUAAACUGAUUCACGAUUUAAGCAUUUAAAUUAUGUUGAUUUCCGUA